UACUCCGGCGGGCGCCAUGACACCGGAAGUACGUUCCUUUCAACCGGAGGUAAAUAAGGGAAAUCCCAGAAUGACGUCAUUCCUAAUUCAAAACAUGGCGGAACUUGUGCGAAUAGCGUUUCACGUCUCCUCUUACUUUCUUCUCAUUUCUACGAUUUUCAGGGAAACUUGUGCAGAUCUGAACACUUUCCAAGAAGCGACAGACUUCAUAGAAGAGAAGGCGUCAAGGAUUUGUCAAGAUUUCGCCGACAGACUGCAGAGUUUUGACGUUUCUAAUAGAACUGAUUUCGGCAGGUGCCCCUUUUCACCCAGAGAACCGGCACAUGACGCGUUCGCAUCGGGAGAUAUUCUGCCCGGGUUGGGGGAUAAUGCAGACUAUGGGAGACAGAUCACGGAACGAGCUUCUUCUGUUUUCUACUCGGAACAGAUCGCGGCGGAAAUCCGGCCUUGGGAGCAGGAAACGGCGAGGCGCUUGUCUCAUGUCGAAGAUCAGGCCCUGCAGGAUACCCUGUGUCUAACCGGUACCCUGCUGCCCAGCUGGGAGGAUGUGUAUACAGGUGGACAGGGCGGUGUCAGGUGGACCAGGUACCUGGAUACCAGAACUGGUCUCAGCCGGAUAUUUCCUGGGAUCACCAUGUCUCCUGACCAGUCCAGGAACUUAAGUAUGGAUGCCAGACUGAGCCAGGCAUAUGUGCAGAUGGUCUCCCCUCAGAAGGAUGUGGUGAUUGUUGUUGACAUCACCAUGGUAACCCACCAGUCCCUUAUGAGACAGGCACUGUCAGUUCUCAUCCAGACUCUGAGCCCCAGGGACAAAAUAGCAGUCAUCAUUAAUGGGGACCUACAGCUCUCACAACUGCAGCAGGUGUCUUUACCCUUCCCUUUGUCAGACUUAUUGGACAAGAUUAUUCCUCAUGACAUGAGCCAGGAAGAUACCAAGUCAGCUCUACAGGCAGGGGUGGCAGUCCUGCAGGACAGCAGUGCCUGUAUGAAGGCAGUCCUGUAUCUAACAGACCAUGCAGUCGGCAUGGAAACAGUACAAAAUGUCCUGAUGGGACUACCAGAAGACAUCCAGAUUUUCACGUACACCUUCAACCCCAGCAUCAAUCCCAGAAUCCCCAAACACCUGGCCUGUGCCACCAAUGGUUCAUGGGAACCCAUCACUGAUGAUGUUACCAUGGUGACCAGACUGACAAGAUAUUAUGGGAUGCAUCAUCCUUUUAAUUCAAGUGCAGCAAGAUGGACCAGUAUUGUUCCUGACAGGUUAUCAGCUGGUAACCUGUCAUCACGUUGCUGUGCUGUGACACACCCGACAUUACAUGACCCCCUGCGGAGUUUGUUCGGUGUCCUCUGUGUCGACUUAUCUGUGAACAAACUACAGCAGGCUAGGGCUACUGAUGUCAAUGUUUUAGAAAAUAAAGCAUCAGUGGGCUCAGCAUGUCCUGUUCAAAAGUACAGUAAGGAUGAACUUGAGCAACUGCGACCAGUGGAGUCCAAGUGUGGCCAUUUAGAGGUGACCACAGGAGGGGAGCUGAGGGAGUUUAUAGAGCGAGCUGUCAGGACAACAGCAGGAGCACUAGAGACGGCUGCUCAGGUAGUGAAGCUGCUACCUACAUGUCCCUACAUCAACACACAGUACGACUCCUGUACUAACACCACGCCAGGCAUGGUACCUGACCAGCGGUACCACCAGCCAGUCUCCAAUGGUACCAGUAACAUCCACCUGACCCCACAGGCCAGGGCACUCUACAGAAAUAGAUCAGACUCUGAUCCAUACAAGGCUCUGGUAGACUCGUUAUGUGUGUCUAGUAGUGCUGAGAUAGACUGGGUCUCAGUCUUCCAGCAGAACAGUGGAGCCAGGUGGCAGUUCUUCAUUGAUGGCCCAACAGGCUACACCAGGCUAUAUCCAAGUGUCAACGACCUUCCUGAGUCCUGUCAAGCAGGCAGUGGUGUUGACCCAAGGAGCCAGUCGUGGUAUGCAGGUAUGACCUCACCAGCCAAGGAUGUGGCCAUCAUAGUAGACCCAGCGGUAGACUACGGUCUGGACAUCCUGAAGGCUGCAGCCAAACUGGCUGUCAACACCAUCUCCAAGUACGACACAGGACAGCUGAUUGUUGCUAGGCAACAGCUCCAAACUGAUGGCUUUCAGCAGGGAACAGAGACCAACAGACAGACAUGGCUCCAGGCUGUGGACAGCAUCAUGUCACCAACACACAGCAGUACACAGGAUCUCAUCUCAGCCAUCACAACCGCCAUUGGUCACUUCAAAACCAAGCAUCAACAGGAGGGCACCAAAUGUUUCCCUGUGCUGCUGUUGCUGACCAAUCGCCAUCUCGACCUGGCUGUCCUACAUGAAACAGCACGGGAGAACACACCACAUCUCGGUGUCAGGGUCUUCACCUUCACAUUUGGGCAGCUUGCUGAUGACCCGGUUGCUAAGCAACUGGCAUGCGACCACAAAGGAUCAUGGGCCAUGGUGAAGACUAUGGAGGACCUGCAUCAAAUCAGGGAAUAUUAUGGGAUGUUGAGCCCAGGAGAGCAUGUUGGGAACGUUCUUUGGAGUGAAGCAUACAACUUUCAGUAUGAUGGAGACGUCCGGGGCACCACAGGCUGCCUGCCUGUGUACAAUGUGUCCAGUGAGUACCUGUCUCUGCUGGGACUCAGCUGUGUACAUGUAGAUGAGAUAGACCUGCAGGGGCUCACAGAUGGACAGGACAUGUUUGCGGAGCUUACGGCCGCCUCCACCAAGCAGUGUCCAACUACUCCAUUCGAUGAGGAGGAUAUCCAGAAGCUGCGCAGUCCGGAGGCCAAGUGUCCGGCCAGGAUCAGUCUUACGGCCACCGAGCUGAGGGGUCUGGCAGAGCAGGCGAUCAGGCAGGCAGCUGAGGAGUAUGAGAUCGGAUAUGUGGUGGCCCAGCAGACCCCAGAUAUCUGCCCCUUUACAGGUGACUUCUACGACACCUGUAAGAAGCUCCCCCAGGGUUUUCAGACAGUACUGCAGUUCCAGAGAGAGGUGUCCAUGAUGUCUCCUGCCUUCCACCUGCCCUACAGUGUGGAUGUGACCGUUGGGGACCAGACAGGUCUUCAGGACUUUGUGGAUAACCACACCCUGUACCAGUCCCUGUGUGCCAGCCUGGGUAUGGACAGUACCUGGGAGGUGACACUCCAGCGGAGUCAGUACAUCGCCUGGCAGUUCUACGGAGACCAGACAUCCAGGUUCCUCCGGAUCUUCCCUGCACUGAAGGAGACCCAGGAACAGUGUUCCAACAAGAUGACUGACCUACCAAUCAGAACAUGGUUCUCCAGUGCAGCGAGCAGUCCCAAAGAUGUCAUCAUCAUCUUGGAUCCCCACUACGCUGAGAAUCUCUCCCUCCUGAAGACAACAGCCAGUGCCCUCAUUGCUACCCUGACCCGCUUUGACUAUGCCAACAUCCUCACAACAUCAGGACAGCAGUUUGUUCCAGGGAUGCUGAGAGCCUAUGGAGAUGUCCGAACGGCCAUGAUUCAGUUUGUCAAUCAAACAGAAGUUGUGGGAGACACAGAUCUCAGGCAUAGUUUUGUUAGCGUACAGGGUAUUGUUGAUCGCGCACUGCAGUCAAGCAACACCACUCACUGUGUGACAGCAGUGGUGCUGAUUACCGACUAUGUCGUCCUCCCAGGUGUGUUAGAGCACCUGAGGGGAAAAGCAUUCCGCAUCUUUGCGUACACCGUCGGACCUUGGUCGGACCAAACGAAUGCAAAGAGAGCGUCGUGUGAGAACAUGGGGACGUGGACUCAUGUCGCAACUGUAGAGGACGUUUGGACAAAGAUUGCUGAUUACUACAACUACUUCAGUAUGAAUGAAAAGACCAACAAUGUGAUCUGGACAGAGCCCUAUGAAGACAGGUAUGGCCUGGGUGAGAUUGUGUCAGGGUGCCUGCCUGUAUACGACAUACAGAGUGAGUUCCUGACCCUGCUGGGGGUCACAUGUCUGGACCUGACCAAACAGAGGAUACUCAGCUUCCCUAACGAUGGUGAAGAGGUAUUCAACUCAAUGCAGUCGCUGUCCCAGAGAAGAUGCCCGGCCAGCCAGCUGACAGAGACUCAGAUAGAGAAGAUCAGGAAGCCUGAGGCAAAGUGCAGAGGUCAGCAGGUCACGGGAGCUGUUCAGGGGAUGGAGGACUCACUGCAGAGGGGUGUGGUUAUAGCACAGAAGACUCUUGCACUGGAUGGACAGGCUUGUCAUGGGACAGCUGACCUGGCUGCUACAGACAGCUGUGACAUCACUGUUGGACAGAGGACCAACUCUAGCCUGAUCCUCUCCACAGAUGACCACAGCAGGACCAGUAAUAUGUCUCCUGGAUCACCACUCUACAAGGGACUGUGUGUCUCAGCCACUCUUAUACAGAACUGGAGAAUGACCCAUGACAGUGUUGAGACAUCCCUCCCCAUCCUGCACCAGUACUUUGUGUCGAACCCGUCAGAGUUGACCAGCCACAUCAGGGUGUACCCAGGGGUGGCCAUGUCUGGGGACCAGUGCACAGACACAGGCAGGCACAACAUACUACAGACUGUGUUGGCUGAAACUCAGAGCAAUGUUGGUGCCUUUCUGUACCCCAAGACAAUGGUGAUCAUCCUCCACAACACUAGAGCAGCCACAAAAUCACAGAUGGUCCAAACAGCCUUGGAUCUCACCGACACACUGUCACAGUGGGAUAGAAUCAAUGUAGUCACCAGCCAAGGGACUGUCUUUACUGGCCAAGUUGUAAAUGCUGAGGAAUCUAAUAAGGAUAUGAUAAGACAUUAUUUACAUGACAUAUCUGCGCUAGAUUCUGAUGUUGACAAUCUACUUCACAAUGCGGCUUUGCUGUUUGAAGCCUCUACAGAUGUGUGCAAUGGACUGUUGUUUCUUCUCAGUGACAGUGCCUUGACUGCGGACCAUGUUGCUGCUGUUAAUGUCAAUGCUACUGUGUUUGUGAAAACCUUCGGUGGUUUGGCCAAUCAGGAUUCCUCUAGGACUGUUGCCAUGGAAAUAGCCUGCCAACAUGGAGGAUCAUGGGAAAGUGCAGAUGUACCAGUAGAAAACUAUCUGCAGUUUUUUCCCAGGAGUUUUGAGAAUGUUAGAGACCCAGUCUGGUUCAACAGAUCACAUGACUUCCUAACAUCACCAGACAGUGAACCAGUCAUGACCGCCUGCCUACCAGCCACCCGUGGGGGCCACACAGCGGGGUUCCUGUGUGCAGAGAGUACCAAUGUUCAUGAGCUACAGGGUGGGAUGAGGCCAUUAUCAAAGGGCCGUACACAGUGUAGGAGAACAGAACUGAGUCAGGACCAGAGGGAGACACUCAGGAGACCAGAGGCCAAGUGUAGUAAACUGUCAGGGAAGGGAACAGAGGCGGAGGGAACAACACUAGGGGUUACCCCUGAACCUGGGGUGCCUCCUACAGGUGGUGCGGGCAUGGCACCUGGUAAGAUCAUUGCCAUAGUGAUCGGGUGUCUCCUGAUCAUCGCCCUGGUGGCAGGCCCUCUACUCUGGUACUACAAGAAAAGGAGAAAUGACAGAGUUGACGGCUUCCUCAGACUAGACUUCCUGACAGAUGAGAUUGAGCUGGAUGGUGAUGCUGAUGAGGUGGACAGCAGCACCACAGCACCGCUACUCACCAACCAAGUGGAGUAGCUCAGCUGGCGGUGCUGUCUUACUCCAUUCUGUGCUGUUUCUGCUGUCAACCUUCUCAGUAUUGUUGCAAUUUUCAUGCUUUGUAUUUACAAUCCAGUGGCUGUGCCUCUCUGAUUAUAACUGGUGGUUAUUUAAAGUAUAGUGAAAACUUGUGCUGCUGUUUCAAGACAAAGAAUGAACCAAAGUGUAAAGACAAAAUAAUCAAACUGUUGCCUAGUCUGUUAUGAUGCAUUUUGCAGCCAACCCUUGUCUCACCACACUUACAGUUUGCAAGGAUCUUUAAGUUAGGAAAAGUGGUCGUCUAGGAGGAGUGGUUGCGCAUGCUUGGACUAAUACCCCAAAGUUUAACAUUAGAUUCUAACUUUGUUCAACCACAUCUAUCUGAUCUCUACUGUGGUUUUCUAUUGAAAUAUAAAGAUUACAGUGUGUAUCAGAAAAUAUUGUUUCGACCAAUUCUCCUGGUUUUGAAAUGAAAUCAAGGCUAGCACAUGCAGAAAUCUUCCAUUUGAAAUGGGCAGCUGCUUUGCUGGGUACCGAUGUCAAUCAAGCUUGGCUGUUGAAUGGGGAAUGAAAUCCCCCUGGGCACUGCAAAAAGUGGUGGCUGGUGGGGUAAGACAUUUGGCUGCUUAGCACAGGGCAUUAUCUAAAUAUGCAAAAUAGGAUGAAACUGUAAUAAUUUUGCUUGUGACUAGAGGUGGUUGGCUGCACCUAUUGGCUUAUAUUACCAGUCAGGAUUUACUAUUGUACAGACAAUCUAUCUUUAAGUUAAAGUGCUGUAGCCUUGUUGUCUAGAAAAUGUCACUAAGUGAUAAGUAAUGUGCCUAAUAUAGAUAUGCAGCAGGAAACACAAUCAGGUGUAGGCUUUAGAAUCAUGUUAGAGAAGAGAAAGAGAGAAACUGUAGACAUGUGUAGUAUAAUAUGUGAUAAAUAAAUAGUUUUUAAAGAAAGAAUUAUCUACAAUUAUCAUUGAAA